AUGAACAACGCCGUCACCCUGGUUCCCUCUGAUCAAAUCAUUGUGGCCUACUCGGAUGGUGAAAUCACCGCUGGAGAGAUUUCUCGCGCUUUGUUCUACGCCAAUUCUCGCUUGUUGGCCAUGCACCUGUAUGUUGACAAGAGCUUUGCCACAGCCAUGCCCGGUUAUGCAGAAAAUUUUUACACACUCAUGCAAUGGGAAAUGGAGACUUUUGUAACUCUAUUCAUCAACAUAUCCUUCCUGAGCAGGUGCUCCGCUACCAUUCCAAAACUUCUCCACGAUGUGAUUGCAAUUUUGGUUGUCCAUAAAUUGGUGGACCGGCAACCGGAUGUGAAUGAGGUCCUCAUGGAAAUCAAAGCAUUGCCUCUUUCUGUCCAUUCCGCCGCAUCAGAUCAAUAUGACAUUGCUCGUAUGCCAGACUACUUCAAUGCCUGGUGGAAGGAGAACCUGGGCUCCUGCAGGGUGCCAGACAUGUUGCCAAAAUCAUCUGUCCAAGAUGUGAUGGAGUUGGUUGAGGGCCAUUUUUCAGAACUCCCGGAUCAUGUGGAAACCGACCUCCUCCCUUAUAUGCUCACACUUGGCCCGGUUCGUCAACCGGAAAUGGUCGGAUCAGCAUCUCUUGAGCAGUGCCGUCAGACGACAAUCGGUAGAGAGCUGUUGGAAAUUUUGCAGAGAAGGAUGACAAACUUUUUACGUUCAAGUGAUAAGUUGGCCGGAGUAGUUGGGCCGGUUGCUGAACUCACUAGGGCCGUGGCGUCCUCACAAUCACUCAUGGACCAGUUGAAUACAGAUGACAGUGCAUCUACCUACCUUGCCGGUGAAUUGGUUUAUGACACCUUCAUGUCCAAAAUUCAUCGACAACCGGUAAAGCCAAUGAGUGUUGGACUUUUAGAUGUCGACACUUGUAUUGCUUUGGAGCAGCUUGCCAAUGUCCUGGCCGUUGCUUACUUCAAUCCUGAACAGGUUGUCCUAAGAACACCGAGUGUCAUCAUUGAUUCCGGAGGCAGAAUAAUUGUCUGGUAUUUGCCCGGAGCCAUGACUGGCAUGAUAAUGACAGACAUGCAAUGCGCCACGAAUUCCAUAGGACAUCUGUUGAACGAUAGCAUCACCACCAGGAAGGCUACUGAAUGGAGGACCCAUGAGUCCAAUUUCUAUCCGAGUCCGGAUGGGAAGAUCACACCCAGUUGCAUAAAUAUAUCACCCGCCUGGUUUCAGCAAGGCAGAGAGAAACAUGGUUUCCCAAAACUUGAUCCGGAAGACAGCUUCUCACCUCAGGUAUCCGCUGCAUUGAAAGGUGAUGCUGGUCGCAAUAUCACAACCUCCCUUCAAAGGUCCGGUAUCCUUGUCUCUGCUGCACUUUGGGUCAUGCACCCAGAUCUAUAUAGGGCUGGAAUCAAAACUCAAGUCUGGCUCGGUGAAUGGGCGACCCAGUAUCAGUUAGAAGACAUGUGCCAUCAUCUCAAACAUUGGGCAUCUGUCUUCAAUGGUAGCCGGAUUGUCACUGCAUGGUACAUGCGAGAUAGUAUCCAUAAUUUUGUUGGAACUCCAAGGACAGACUAUGCAAAAUAUGGCAAUGUACAACGCAGUGACCCGGUUGAGAAGAAAGAUGUUUAG